AUAUGCCCUAAACUAUCUAAUUUUAAAACCAGUGCAUAUUCAAAGUAUUACGAUAGAAAAAUAUAUAUUUCAUACUCAAUUAAUACAACUCUAAUUACUACGACACUUUGAAAAAUGCGAUAGAAUAGGCGAUCUAGGGUUUCACGCUCUUGAUGCCUUCUCACCGAUGGGAUCCAGGAAUUGACGGCGGGGUUGUGUUAGGAAAGAGGAAUCAUAAAGGGCGGAGUAAAGGAAUUUCAUUCAGGGGAUCUUCUUCAAAUCUCCGAUGUUGUGGAUCGGGUACAGGAAAUUGGUUUAAACGGAUUUUUUGGAAAUCAAGGACAUCUGCGAAAUGGAUCUCGAUAUUGGCAAUUAUACCGGUGAAUUCGCAUGAUUACUCAGGGACUGGGGGCUUGGAGUGGUUAACAGGGAAAUGGGUUCUAUGGUUGGUCUCAUUAAACCAACCACAGAAAACAGAGUUAAUCAUAGAAACGGACCUUAAGGAGAAUCACAUUUUGGCUGGAGCUGAUGUAAGGAGGCUUAUCUGGCACGUCGAGGAGUUCGGCGUUUUUUCUAGAAUUGCAUCACUGCUGCUCGUUUUUCUUAAAAAUACAAAUUCAAGGAGCCAAGGAUCUUUGGAAGGGAUAUGUGGCGUGGAAAGGAGAGAGAGCUCACGUUUUUUUAUUCUAGUUUUGUUAGCAAAUGACCGUGUUGGUGAUAUUGGGUUGAGUAUGUUUAUGUUUUCGGGGUAUUGGAGUUAUAAAGAAGACACUUUCAUUUUUCUUGUGUAUAUGUUACCGUUUUAUAUAGAUUGGGGCAAGGAGAUGGAUGUAUUUUUCAGGGUCUUUGUUGGGAUAUGGGAAUCUUUGGAUUGGAGGGUACGUAACAUAUACGUAAGGAAUGGAAUCUUCUCGCCCAUGUUGAUAGCUCAGAGGGAGGAGUUUUCUUUUCUAUUACAAGUAGUUAUAUUUUCUGCAUUCUACGUGAAAAAAGAAAAUGGCAAAUAUGGGAGUUUAAGGCCUCAAACAAAGAACAAUAGGAGGUUCAUGGAAAUAGGGUAUCUUUACACCCGUUAA